GCCCCAGUCCCGUGCCGCCGCCCCAGCCCGCCCCGCCCGGAGGUCCCGCGUGGAGCCGCCGCCGCCGCCGCCGCCGCCAGGGAGGAGGAGGAUGAAGGACAAACAGAAGAGGAAGAAGGAGCGCACGUGGGCCGAGGCCGCGCGCCUGGUACUAGAAAAUUACUCGGAUGCUCCAAUGACACCAAAACAGAUUCUGCAGGUCAUAGAGGCAGAAGGACUAAAGGAAAUGAGAAGUGGGACAUCCCCUCUCGCUUGUCUCAAUGCCAUGCUACAUUCCAAUUCAAGAGGAGGCGAGGGGCUAUUUUAUAAACUGCCUGGCCGGAUCAGCCUUUUCACACUCAAGAAGGAUGCCCUGCAGUGGUCUCGUAAUCCGGCUGCAGCGGAGGGGGAGGAGCCCGAGGACACAGCUGAUGUGGAGAGCUGUGGGUCUAAUGAAGCCAGCACUGUGAGUGGUGAAAAUGACGUUUCUCUUGAUGAAACAUCUUCAAAUGCAUCCUGUUCUACAGAAUCUCAGAGUCGGCCUCUUUCCAAUCCCAGGGACAGCUACAGAGCUUCCUCACAGACUAACAAGCAAAAGAAAAAGACCGGGGUGAUGCUGCCUCGAGUUGUGCUGACUCCUCUGAAGGUAAACGGGGCCCACGUGGAAUCUGCAUCAGGGUUCUCGGGCCGCCACGCCGAUGGCGAGAGCGGCAGCCUGUCCAGCAGCAGCAGCGGCUCUCUGGCCCUGGGCAGCGCUGCUAUUCGUGGCCAGGCCGAGGUCGCCCGGGACCCUGCCCCGCUCCUGAGAGGCUUCCGGAAGCCGGCCACAGGUCAAAUGAAGCGCAACAGAGGGGAAGAGAUAGAUUUUGAGACGCCUGGGUCCAUUCUCGUCAACACCAACCUCCGGGCUCUGAUAAACUCUCGGACCUUCCACGCCCUGCCGUCCCACUUCCAGCAGCAGCUCCUCUUCCUCCUGCCUGAAGUGGACAGACAGGUUGGGACAGAUGGCCUUUUGCGUCUCAGCAGCAGUGCACUGAAUAACGAGUUUUUCACCCAUGCGGCUCAGAGCUGGCGGGAACGCCUGGCUGAUGGCGAAUUCACUCAUGAGAUGCAAGUCAGGAUACGACAGGAAAUGGAGAAGGAAAAGAAGGUGGAACAAUGGAAAGAAAAGUUCUUUGAAGACUACUAUGGACAGAAAUUGGGUUUGACCAAAGAAGAGUCGUUGCAGCAGAAUGUGGGCCAGGAGGAGGCUGAAAUCAAGAGUGACUUGCAUGUCCCAGGAGAAUCAGCACGGGCACAGCGUGGUCCAGCCACUCGGCAGCGAGAUGGGCAUUUCAAGAAACGCUCUCGGCCAGAUCUCCGAACCAGAGCCAGAAGGAAUCUGUACAAAAAACAGGAGCCAGAACAAGCAGGGAUUGCUAAAGACACACAGUCUGUGGCACCAGACACGCCCCUCUUCAAGGACGGGGAGGCGAAGACCGACUCAGCAGGGGUGGGCAGUCCCCACAGGCCAGGCACAUCUACAGCAUCAAACCCAGAGAGUCCCGAAUUCCCAGCGGAACCUGUGGCUUCCCGGAUCCAGACCAAUCCAGAUGACCUGGCACGUGCCUCUGCAUCUCUAGACAGAAUUCCCAGCUUGCCUCAGGAGACUGUGGACCAGGAACCCAAGGAUCAGAAGAGGAAAUCCUUUGAGCAGGCAGCCUCUGCAUCCUUUCCCGAAAAGAAGCCCCGGCUUGAAGAUCGUCAGUCCUUUCGUAACACAAUUGAAAGUGUUCACACCGAAAAGCCACAGCCCACCAAAGAGGAGCCCAAAGUCCCGCCCAUCCGGAUUCAACUUUCACGUAUCAAACCACCCUGGGUGGUUAAAGGUCAGCCCACUUACCAGAUAUGCCCCCGCAUCGUCCCCAUCACGGAGUCCUCCUGCCGGGGCUGGACUGGCGCCAGGACCCUCGCAGACAUUAAAGCCCGUGCUCUGCAGGUCCGAGGGGCGAGAGGCCACCACUGCCAUCGAGAGGAGGCUGCCACUGCCAUCGGAGGGGGGGGUGGCCCGGGUGGAGGUGGCGGCGGGGCCACCGAUGAGGGAGGUGGCAGAGGCAGCAGCAGUGGUGAUGGUGGUGAGGCCUGUGGCCACCCUAAGUCCAGAGGAGCCCCAAGCACUCCUGGAGAGUGUGCGUCAGAUCUACAGCGAGCACAACUACUGCCGCCUUGUCCUCUGAACGGGGAGCAUACCCAGGCUGGAACUGCCGUAUCCAGAGCCAGGAGAGAGGACCUGGCUUCUCUCAAAAAGGAGGAGAGCUGCACACUACAGAGGGUUCCAGAUGUCCUCACAAGUGUGCUGGAAGAUGCCUCCCAGCUCCCCGUUGCUCCCACUGGGGACCAGCCAUGCCAGGCUUUACCCCCACUAUCCUCCAAAACUCCAGCACCUGAGAGAUUAGUUGAGCAACCUGCGUUGCCUCUGGAUGUUAGAACUGAAUGUGAGUCUGGUACCACGUCCUGGAAAAGGAAUAAUGAGGAGCGAGGACCCACUGUUCCCCCAGAGAAUGGUCCUAUUCAGUCUCUAGCGAGGGAUGUUGUAUUAGAAGAAGGAACUGGCCAGGUUUUAGACAGUAAUCCCACCAUGAAGGAUCCUGUGAAUAUGACCCCCAGUUCCACCCCUGAAUCGUCAUUGGCUGGUUGCCUGCAGGACAGACAAUUUGAUGACGAAUUAGGACUUGGUGACUCAUGCCUACCCGUGAGGGAAAGUGCUACUAGACAAGAAAACUUGAAAAGCGAGGCUCCUGCCUCCGAUGGUGCUGCCCCUUGGAGGCCUAGCCUGUCAAACGACGAGGCGGCGGGACAGCCUGGACUCAGCUCCAGAGGAAACAUCCCAGCUGUUGAGCCCCACGCGGGAGAAGAGUGGGGGAAUGCUGCUCCCCUCCUUCCUGCGUCGCCUGAGGAGUUGACAGCUGAGGGGGGUCUACAUCUCCCUGCUGACUUUCCUUCACUCUGGACGGUGCUGUCUCGAGGGGGCAUCGACAGCACUGGCAGUGUCUGCAAACAGGUGGAAGUUGAAAAGCUGAAAAUCAAUGGAGACUCUGAAGCACUGAGUCCUCACAGCGAGUCCACAGACACAGCCUCUGACUUUGAAGGCCUUCUCUCUGAGGACAGCAGUGAGGCUGACGCUAGUGAAGCCACAGUGAUGAAGAGAUCCUUGGUGGUGGACAAGGAUGAGAAACAUGGUUGGGACUGCUCUGCCUCACUCUCCAAGGUGGAUGGUGACCCGAAUCUGGUUACAAGGACAGAAGGGAUGGUUGCUUCUCAGAGUUGGGUGUCUCGCGUCUGUGCAGUCCCCCCAAAGAUCCCAGACUCCCUGCUGCUAGCCAGUACCGAGUACCAGCCACGGCCUGUGUCACUGGGCAGGCCUGAGUCCUCAGUUGAGGUCACCAACCCACUCGUGAUGAAGUUGCUGCAGGGCAGCUUGCCCCUAGAAAAGGUUCUUCCUCCAGCCCUCGGUGGCAGCAGACCCGAACCCCCACGACUCCCACUUACGAAAGAGCAGAGCUACAGUGGCUCCUUGGGGAUGGGACCUUUGCAAGAUCCUGGGAAAAGCAGUUGCAUGGUUGGCAGGAGCAGCCCCAGUUCUUUAAGAGCUUUGAAGGAGCCGCUCCUGCCUGAGAGCCGUGAAGCAAGCACUGGUCUUGCCAGGCUGGAGCCCGCUCAGGCUCCUGGAGCACCCCAAAAGAUUUCCAAGACAGUCCCAAGUUUAGACUCUCUGUGUCCAGUGACAAAUCCAACAGCUGCCUCUGGGAGAGUGGAAGUAGAGUCCAAAGAGCGGUUCUCUCCCUGUAGUUUCGAAGAUCAGAAGGAAGCCGGUGACCUGCCCCAGUGCGGUAAUUCAAGUACCGCCCCAGGCAAAAGUCCAGGAAAUCUCACUACCUCGGGAGCCCCUUUCUCAUCUCCAAAUGUGAUCUCCUUGGGUCCGGACCAGACAGGCCGGGCCCUGGGUGAUCAGAACAGUGCUGGAGGCCAAGGGAAGAAGCUCUUCGGCUCUGGGAAUGGGGCUGCAGUGCCUCAGUGCCCCAGGCCUGUGGAACCAACGGCACUGCCAACCGAUGCCCCUCCCGGUUUUCCUAGUAGGAAGUUGGGGCCAAGCAAAAACUCCGUGUCUGGUGGGGUACAGACGGCCAGGGAAGACUGGGUUCCGAAGCCACCGCCGGCCUCUGUUGGCAGUGUCAAGAGCGAGAAGACUUUUGGGGGGAGCCCUCUCAAGGCGAAUGCAGAGAACAGAAAUGCAGCUGGGCCUGGUACUCGAGAGCUGGUGGAUCACUUGCAAGGGAUGCCCUUUGUCCUUGACCUGCCCUUCUGGAAAUUACCCCGAGAGCCUGGGAAAGGGCUCAGUCAGCCUCUGGAGCCUUCUUCCAUCCCCUCCCAACUCAACAUCAAACAGGCAUUUUAUGGAAAGCUUUCCAAACUCCAGCUAAGCUCCACCAGCUUUAAUUAUCCCUCCAGCUCCCCCGCCUUUCCCAGAGGCCUUGCUGGAAGUGUGGUGCAGCUGAGCCACAAAGCAAACUUUGGUGCGAGCCACAGUGCAUCACUCUCCUUACAAAUGUUCACCGACAGCAGCACGGUGGAAAGCAUCUCGCUCCAGUGUGCGUGCAGCCUGAAAGCCAUGAUCAUGUGCCAGGGCUGUGGUGCAUUCUGUCACGAUGACUGUAUUGGACCCUCAAAGCUCUGUGUAUUGUGCCUUGUGGUGAGAUAAUAAAUUAUGGCCAUGGGAAAAGUUGUAUAUUUAGUGUGUGUAUUUUGAUAAUGAUUGACCUUAAAUCUGUAUACAGAAUAUCGUUGAUAUAACAGACUCUCUCUCUAGGCGGGAGCACUCUUGCUUCUCCUUAAAAUUCAUAGUGCUAAAGCCCCUCUGUCACUUACUCACCCUUCUGGUCUCGCUGGAAGGGUUUUCUGCAGGGCAACUUGUUGGGCUGCCCAAGGCCGGCCGGCCAGCCCGAGCUCUCAGACAGACAGUCUGGUGUGGCGUGGUGGGGAGCCUGCCUGACACCCAGAGGGACUUGAAACUGAAGAAGGUUGUGUUCUCUACCAAGGGAACUAACCUACCUGAACUGAGUAGAAAUGUCAGUCUUCCACUGGCCCCCUGGUGCCCUCCCUGCCAUCUUUCCUUCUACUCUGUCUGGAGAGUUGAUGGGGAAGAAGCCAGCCAAGGUUAAAGUUACUCCCAGCAGUGCCCACCAGGGGGCUCAAGCACCUGCUGACCUCAGGGUCACAGUUCAGUCAUUUGCCAGUUGACGGAGCCAGUUUGACCUUUGGUUCUGUUGCUGAAGCAAAUUUGGGACUCCUGUCUCAGUACAGUCUGCUGGCCCACAGGAGCUUUUGGAACCGUGGAUAGAUCUGCUUGGACAAUGGGGUCGGGCAUAGGGUCGUCCUUCCUCUUAAAAUGCUAUCUGUAGACCUUAUAAGUCAGAUGUCCAGACGUUUGGCAGGUGAAUUCUUCUGCUUGACACACUCUCCAUCACUUUGGACUCUAUGGGAGUGGGCAUCUCCCUGUGUACGCACCUGUGUAUGUGAAAGUCAUUUUACAUUUCAAAGCAGUGUGUGUUUCUUAUUUUUAUAUUUUUAACUCUAUCCUUGGAUGUAUAAAGUGAACUUUUUGGCUUCUGUAAGUAUGCUCUAUGCACCUCUAAUGUUUUAUCAUGUAUUUAUAUGUUGUACACAGUACUCGCCAAUUCUGUAAAUGGAUGUAUUGUACAGAGAACAUGAGCGUCUCUUAUUUUAUGUCCUCGGCAUCAUUGCAUUAAAGUGGUGUGAUUGACUUCUCUCCACCUGUGUCAGAGCCACUGCGUGUCUCCACUCGACAUGAGGGUGGAACGAUUGACUUGUGAUCUGCCAGGUUGGCCCGGUGCCCUGUCACGGGACACCUGGUGGACCUGCUGCAGCCCGCAGAGCCACAUUCAGCCCGCCCGCACGCUUCUGAGCAAAUGCGUCUUGCUCGUCACAUCUCUCCUCCUCCAACCUCCACUGGCUGCUCACUGUCAUAUGUGACAAAUCACCACCACCAGUGUUAAGUGCUUCUGGAUUCAACGGUGAGUGCCCUGGGCAGCCCCUAGGUGGGCCUUCCAGACCUGGCUCCAGGGUCACCGCUUGUCAGCAAUACCUGGGACCAUGCUUUCCUGGCGCCAUAGGGCUCCUUUUGACAUACCUUUGACAGCAGGCUGGAGAAGAAACAGCCAUGCCUGCUUCCUGCCUCUCUCCCAACACAUUUCCAGCAAAUCGCUGUCUCCACGGUUGUCUUCCCUCACCCUGCUUCCUGCCUCGACCGUUGCAGUUGAGUCCUCCCUGUUUAGUUAGAUCUCCCUGUGUGAGUGCUUCUGUAUGAAGUAUAAAGUUGAUAUGACUUCAGCAAGUCUGAUAUCAUCUGAAAGGCCUUCUUUCCCCCCCAUUUCAUCCAGUGUGGCGUUUCUGUCACCUGAAGCAUGCGUGAGAAGUUGGCAAUGAUGUGGUGAUUUAAGUGCGGUAUUGGCCGAGUCCAAGUUGUCAACUUUCAGAGUCUGUUUACCAAAGACGGGGAGCAGAGGCCCAAGCCUGUUUGAUCCUCUUCUUCCUUCUGCUGUGACCUUUGUGGCCACUCUAGGGCACAGUUUGAAACUGGUCUGGUCCGUGGGGCUGCCAGGGAAAGCACUGCUCUUGUAUGUCUCUUGUGGUAUUGGAAAAAUAAACCUGUACAACCUGCA